GAAACAGUCAAACAGAGACAGGCUGUAAGUUUCACAAGCUCUGAUAUCUGAGUUGGUGUGGAUCUGAAAGACUCAGAAUGAAGAUCCUCCUCAUCUUCACCCUCUUCUUGAUUUCAGUAGGUGGAGGAGAAUCAGAGACAGUGAGAGGAUAUUCAGGAGGAGGAGUCCUCAUCAAGUGCACAUAUAAGACAACAUACACAUCAAACUCAAAAUAUUUCUGUAAGGGUUCGUGGUCAAACUGUGCUGACCAGAUCAAGACAGGAGAUAAAAAUAAGUGGAUAAAUACAGGAAGAUUCUCACUGUUUCAUAACACCAGCACUGCAGAGUUCUGGGUGUUGAUCAGAGAGCUCACUGUAGAGGAUUCUGGACUGUACCAGUGUGGAGUUGAUAAAAGUUUGAACUUUGAUGUCAACACACCAGUGGAACUGAAUGUAAAGGAAGAUCAAAACUACGAGAAGAACAUCAGUGUGAUUGGCCAUGUAGGAGGAAGUGUAAACAUCAGCUGCAAAUACCCACAAUCCCACAGCAGUGACCCCAAGUUUCUCUGUAGGAGAGUGGACACUGCUGGCUGUAAAUAUAAAACAUCCGUUAAAGAGAGCAGAAGAUGGAUAAAUGAGGGAAAUCUGUAUCUACAUGAUGAUGGAAAGCAGAUCUUCACUGUGAUCAUGAACAAUCUGACUGAGGGAGACUCUGGUGAAUACUGGUGUGGAGCUGAAUCAGACUGGACAUCUGACCAUGGGUACAAGAUUUAUAUCACACAGAUCAACCUCAGAGUUACUGGAAAAGAAACGAUAUCAUCUUCAUCACCAUCAAGUAGGAUUCCAGAGAGCUCAAAAUCAAACACACCUUCAUCUAAACCCUCUGGAAACUCCUCAUUAGAGACAAAUGCAUCAAAAGGGUUUCCAUCUUCCUCUGUGAUUGCUGUUGUGUCUGUGAUUCUGGUGCUGCUUCUGAUUGGACUCUUAUUCUUCAUAGUCAUUCUUAGAAAGAGAGGCAAGACUCAAGUUUCCGUCUCAACCCAAGGCCAGCCCCUCAGAGAUUUCUCAAACAACCACAAGUUAAGAUCAAACUCUCCUGAUCCAGACAUCUACUCCACAGCUGAGUUACCCACAAUUCUCUGUGAUUCCUCAGUUAAUGUCACUCAGCCUUCAGCUGGAAAAUCUGCUGAAGGUCCAACAUAUACAACAGUGAAUUUCAGCAAGAAAGCAAAUAGUUCUACUGAUGCUGUUACCACGGCAACCAUCAACAAGGAGAAUGACUCAUGCAACUAUGCUACAGUCAAGCGUUAG